UUGCUUCAUUCUUGCCAAGUGCUUUGUCAGCCUGUCGUAGAACUGGUCACUUAGGUUUGGACAGCACAAUGGCUCACCGUGGGUAAAACAAACUAUACUACAGUACUUGGAUUCUUAGGGUGGAACGUUUGAAAAUGCAAAACAAACUGCCCUGGAUAAAGUGUUUUGAAUUUGGAGGACACAACCAUUCCUUGCGUGUUGUAUGUCAUCUUGAACCAGUUUCAGAAUGGCAGAAGAUUCUGCUGCUCCUUCAACUUCUGCUGACACAACUGAGAGUAUGGAUGUAGAUGGAGAAGCCAAGAAACUACUUGGAUUGGGGCAGAAAAACCUAGUAAUGGGAGAUAUUCCAGCUGCUGUGAAUGCAUUUCAGGAAGCUGCUAGCUUGUUAGGUAAGAAGUAUGGCGAAACAGCGAAUGAGUGUGCCGAAGCUUUCUUUUACUAUGGGAAAUCUCUUCUUGAGUUGGCAAGAAUGGAAAAUGGAGUACUGGGAAACGCCUUGGAAGGAGUACAGGUAGAAGAAGAAGAAGAAAAAACAGAAGACCUAAUGGUAGAAAGUGCUGAUAAUAUAGAUGAAGAAGCAAGGGAGGAAUUAAGAGAGCAGGUAUAUAAUGCCAUGGGGGAAAAAGAUGAAUCCAGAAAAACUGCUGAAGAGUCUGUGGUAGAGAUUGGAGAGGCGAUGCAACCAAAAAACAAGGAUGUAGAAAUGGAAGAACUUGUCAAAGGAGGAAGAGGAGGAACAGCUGUGGAUGGAGAAUCCAACGUUCAUGGAGGAAGAAAGGAGCAGGAGAAAACAGAAAAACAGAUAGAGGGAACUGUGCAAGAAAAGGAAGGGGACAGUGAAAUAAUUGCUGAGGAAAAACUAGAAGAUGGUGCUGCUAGGGAAAUCAAGUCACUGGCUGCAGAAAGGGCAGUUAGAGAAGAGGAAACGGUGGCAGAAGCAGUGGGAGAAAACAUUACUAUAAAGUCAGUGGCAUUACUGGACAAGGCAGCUGGAGAAACAGAGCCAAUGGUGGAACAGACUGCAGAAGUAGCUGGGGAAGAUGCUAUAGACAAACAAGCGGUUACAGAAGAAAAGUCAGUUCUGGAGAAGAUAGAAGAGGUAGAAAAGCAGCUGGACCCAACUAUAGAAAAUAAUUUAGUUGAGGAAUUAGUAAAAGAUUCAGGUGAAGCAGUAGAAGAAAAGGAAUGUAUGACUGUUGAGAAAGUAGAAUCUCGGGUAGAAAAAGGAGAACAGCCAACCAGUGUUCUUGAUGACAAGUCAGCAAGAAUGGAGGCAUCUACAGAACAGGUGGUGGAGUUAAAAGAGAAAGAGCUGAAAGAACCCUCAUCUUCAAGAGAAUUACUGCCUUCAGCUACAAAUGAGAAUAUUCCUGCAGGGGUUGACAAGCAACUCCAUGAAAUACAAACUGAAGAAAAAGCUGAAGUUGCUUCUAAGGUAGAAAAGGAGGAAGAAAAAGAUGACAAGAUGGGAGAGGGCGAAGAGACUGAAGGGUCAGACGAAGAAGACAAAGCUGAAGAGGAUAAAGAAAAUGACUCCACAGUUGAAGAGAAGGAAAGUGAAGAAGAUGAAGUUGGAAACUUGGAACUGGCAUGGGAUAUGCUGGAGUUGGCAAAAGUAAUAUACAAAAGACAGGACACUAAAGAAGCUCAGCUGCACGCUGCCCAGGCUCACUUAAAACUAGGAGAAGUUAGCAUCGAAUCUGAAAACUACAUCCAAGCUGUGGAAGAAUUCCAUUCCUGUUUGACUCUUCAGCAGAAGUAUUUAGAGGCCCAUGAUCGCCUGCUUGCAGAGACUCACUAUCAUCUGGGUUUAGCCUAUCACUACAACAAUCAGUACGAUGAAGCAGUACUGCAGUUUACUAAGUCAAUGGAAGUCAUUGAUAAACGAAUGGUGAUGUUGACAGAGCGACUAAGAGUAAAAGGGGAGGGAUCCACUGAGGAUGAGAAGGAAAUUGAAGAACUCAAAGGGUUACUCCCUGAAAUUAAAGAGAAGAUUGAGGAUUCAAAGGAAUCUCAAAAAAGUGCAAGGAUGACUGAGAUGGCUCUGAAAGCAACUUUGGUUGGUGGAUCAUCUUCCAGUUUUUCACAGGGGACCGAAAGCAGUUUGGCUUCAACAAUUCCAGUUGGACAAACAGCUGAUGGAACGUCUCAGUGUAUUACAGACAUCUCCCAUCUUGUUAGAAAAAAGAGGAAACCAGAGGAAGAAACUCAACAGGGAGACAAUGAAGCUAAGAAAUCUAAACCAGAACCGGCUGUCAAUGGUGGUGGUGAUGCUGCCCCCAGUGGAAAUGAGGUUGCAGAGAAAAUGGAAGAGGAGACAGAGGGAAGGCCACAAGUUGAAACAGUUCAAAGUGCUGUAUGAUAGUUCUUUAAUAUUGGACAUUCUCUCCCAAGGACAAUGGGUUUUGUAUAUAAUGUAUUUUUUCACUUUUGGCAACUUUUGUAUUCAAUAAAGAUUGUACUCAAAUAUUAA